GUCCGAUCUGAAAACCGAAAGAGAAAUACCGCGAACGUUGCACAGUACGAGGCAUAGCGAAACGAAUCGAACGAAUAGAACUUUUUGGUGGAAGCGAUUUUUUAUUUGUAUAUCGCCCAAAGUGGUUCAUUAAUUGAGCGGAACAAGUGCAGUGAAUUGAUAUGUGUCUUCACAAGAUGGGACAGCGCGUAACCGGAUUGAGCGAUCAGCUGUUCGGUGAGCGGGUCCUGGUUGAGUUCUCCGCAGUGCAGAGGCAAGAAGAGGCCUGCAGCGGGAGAAUGCCGGAGAAAGUGCAACCGGAAGUGCAGUCGAAGGUUGAGGAGGAAGUGCUCUAUCGGGAUGUCCUGGUUGGUGCCACGCAAGCCACGCGGCAGUUGUUCGAUUGCUGCAAGGAGCUGGCAGUGCAAUGCCGCAGGAGUACCGCUUACAAAAUCCUCACCCAUACCACGCAACCAUCGCAUGCGAUCUCGAUGCUGUUCGUCUCCUUCAUUCUGCUAGUGCUGUGGCCCAACUUAGUAGGGCAACCGUCGGUCGCAGGCAAUGCAGUAACUACCCCUACCUCUACCUGCCCCGAGAUACAAACCCGCGCCCAUGUGCUCGUAUCGUUGGCCUACUUCGGUUCCUUCGCCAUGCACUUCGGUGCCCAGAUGUGGAUGACCUUCGUGUCCGGCCUGGCGCUCUACUUCAACCUGCCGCGACAUACCUUCGGCCGGGUUCAGGAGAUCCUCUUCCCCAAGUACUUCUCCAUGGGAACCGCCCUGAGCGUCGUGACCCUGCUGACCUUCAUCAAGAUGCAGCAGACAGCGCACCCGGAGCUCCGCACCACCGCCUUGACCAGCUGGGACCCUCUGGUCGUGCUUCAGCUCGGCAGCUUGGCCCUUUGCGCCGCGCUUGAGCUCGUCGUAUGGCUCUACAUGGCUCCACCGAUGCUUCGCUUGAUGCAUCAAAAGUAUCACUUCGAGUCGAGCGAAACCGUCGGCCAGGAGGUCGGCCGCUUCAGCGGAGCCGAGAACCCACAGCUGCGCAGCUCCAACCACUACCAGAGCGUGCACAAGCGCUUCCGGAAGAUCCACAUGGCGACGGCCAUGGUCAACAUGGUGUCCCUGCUGUGCACCUUUGUUCAUCUGCACUAUCUGGCAUCGCGAGUUCAGCUGCUGUAAGUGGGGACGGCCAUUUUGUUUUCGGUGCCAGCCUCCCCCUCCCGAUGGUUGUGUUCUGUGAUAUUUGGGACGAGUGUGAGCGAGAGAUGGAACGAGUGCGUGUUGCUACGCAGCAGUCGAAAGCCAAAGUAUUAUUGCGGAAAAAUUCCAACCCCGGAGUGACGGAGAAGGAGAAAGAGAAAAGAGACAGACAGAGAGAGAGAGUGAGAGUAGCAGUAUUAAGGUGUUAUUUUCCUUUGUGUUUUAGCGAUUAGUAUGCGCGAAAUCGAGGAUAGUUGGAUCGAAAAGAAAAUCAGAGAAUCUAGUCGUUUUUAAUCCCCCUGCUGGGCAGAGUAAAAGAAAUUGUUCAAACUGAAGUCGGUUUGGUUCACGGUUCAGUAGACUACUUCAGAUCCUGCGCAGUCGACGAAGCCAAGUCGACUGUCUUUAGUAAAAAAAAAACAAACAAAAAAGCACUGAAUUUUUGGAGAUUAUUGCAAAACUGUAGUUCCCUUUAGUUUAAUUAGAUGUUAAGGACUAAUGUCAAGUUAUUUAUUGCAAUAUUCGAAAAUAUUCAUUCGUCUAUCAGGAACGAUCUAUCCGAGUGAGCAAACAGGGAGGUCUACUGCGUACGGCAGUAGACCAUUGCGGGAAUCCAGAUCUGAAGUAGUGUUCCUUAGAAUGUAUACGUAGUUAGAAUAUUCAAAUCACAAAUUGCCAUACGAAUAAAGCGCAAAUAUUUAUUGUUACG